AUGUUAUAUGAUCCAAGAGUUACUGUUGCGACAAGGUUAAAUCCUAAAAUAGUUGAAGUAAGAGCUCCAGUGUUUGUUAAUACCUUCAUCAAACCUUAUCAUGCAUGCGGUUUGUUCAUUAAUGCAACUUCAGGAACACAAAUUUAUUUCGAUAAGAAGACUAAUAUUAGUAUCCAUCGGUCAGCAGCUCCGCUUCUGAAAGGAUAUGCCAAGGUUGAGAAUCUGAUCAUAUCGAUGCUUAAUGAGUUUGUCAUAACUACUCCGUCUCAGAUAGACAUUGACUUUAUGUGUUUUGGGAAAGUGUCUGAUAUAAAUAUGGACAAAGGUUGGUGUUAUGUUGCUUGCUCUAAGUGCACCAAAAAAAACUGGAACUCACAGACUCAGCCUUCACAUGUGUACACUGCGAGAAUACACACGCUGUUGGUGCCCUCUG